CUUCCGUUCGCCACAUAAAACCAUUUUUCAUUAACACACAAACCCGGAUAUAUUCUGUCCGUGUGCAUAUAGAGGAACAUAUGGAUACAAACUUGACAAAUUUAUACACAAAAUACUCAAUCUCAGACGUGAAGCAUAUAUUAAACGUUUUGUAGUAAAAAUGACAUUUUUAAAAAUAUAGGCCUAAUUUAAUUUUUGUGAAGGGCUUUUUUUUUCUUUCUCUCUUUCCUUGUUCACCAUGGUAAGAUGUCGCGCAGUUGCUAUUCGGGACUUGAUAGCUGUUGUCAUACUGUUGUUAAUGGUGAGUGUCAUGGUUUUCUGGCAUAUGAGAAGCACGUGCGAAUCUUCUCAUUCUAGACAACCGUGUAUUAUAACAGAACAAUUUAAAUCUUCGUUGGACAUCGGAGGGUUCCGGAAUCCCUCGGAUAACACGCCAGUUUAUGUAGUGGAAGAACACCAUGAAGUGCUGAAAUACUGGUUUCAAGCUGCAGAGAAAGGCCUCAUUGCAAAGAAGGGUAACGUUUUGUUUCACAUUGACGGACAUUCGGACGGUGGAAUGCCGCCGCACAGUGAUAUUCUGACGUUGUUCAAAUGGCCAACAUCCAAACAGGUCAAAGCAAUGAUGCAGAAAAACGACGUCUUUAUCGUGGCAGCAGCUUUGACAGGGCUGAUUACUCGCUACAUAUGGGUGUCGCCUCCCUGGGACGUCGAUCUUGCGGCAGACGUGGGGAACGCAGUGAAAACAGUCGAACUGGGGACCAUGAUGCGACUGAGCCUCGACAACGAACUGAUACUCGACUACUGCAUCUGUAUCCCCGCGGGCCUUAGCGACAUCACAGAGCCCAUGUGCUUCAUGAAGAACCUCACAGAGGACGCCACGACAGCCGAGCCGGAUCCCGUUGAGGUGGGCGUGGACGAGUGUAACAUCCAGUCCAGAGGAUCCGUGGAGGUGGUCAGCGAGGACACGGCGAUAGACAUGCUGUAUCGCGGAAACUGGAUCAGCCCUGACGACAGCAUCAUCCUCGACAUCGACGAGGACUACUACGGCGUCGAGUCGGCGGUGCAGCCGCUGUACGACGCCGGAUUGGACGAGAGAACUCUCACGUGGCCGGAUUUCUACGUGUCCAGACUCUUCUGCAGCAGGGACGCCGCUCAGGAGACGAUGGCCGACAGGUUCUACCAUUCCCUGAUGCAGAAGAUCCGAAACGUCAGACUUUACUGCACGAGACUGGAAGGGGACAACGCCACCAACCGGUGCGAGGAGCAUCCGGCAAUGAUCGAGACUCUGAUGCAGUUCGUUCCCAGCAUGAUCGAGGACCUGAAGAGACAGGAGGUGCUCCGGUCGGCGCUGUGCACGCAAGACGAGUCCAAACUGAACACGAUUCUCGGCGGGUUGAUACGUCACUCCGUCAAAUACACGGUGCCGCAGCUGGACGCCCUGUCGCAGGUCGGCAUAUGCCACAGGUGCUCCGUGAGCUCCUACGACUUCGAAUCGAGGUACGGCAUGAAGCUGUGCGACGGCUACAACAAACCCAAUGACAGCAUCGUCCCGUUCCACAUGCCAUCCGUGGAGGAGAUCAACUUUCGGACGGUGAAUCUGAGGGAGAUUCUCAAGGACGCGUACAUGACGCCAGGAAUAGUCACGGUAUGUAGGUCAACGCGAGACGGAUACACGCCAAGGAGUCACUUUCGUCAAAUUGAGAACGACGUCUUGAACUCUCUAGGAGACUACGUGAAAGGUGUGGAUAAAGACAUGGUGUACUACGAUCCAGACUUGUUAGGCGGACGGUUCGGCUGGCACAACAGACAUUGACUACAAGAGGAAAUAAUUUAUGUAUAAUUUAAUGUUAUAAUGAUUUAAAGGUGUACAGACAUUGACACUUACAUUUGACUACAGGGAGAAAUAUUUUAUGUAUAAUUUAAUAUUAUAAUGAUUUAAAGGUGUACUAACACUGACUUUUACAUUUGACUACAAACAAAAUAGUUCAGGUGUAAUUUAAUAUUAUAAUGAUUUAAAGGUGUACAAACAAUGUGACAUUUGACUACAAAAAGAAAUUAUUCAGGUAUAAUUUAAUAUUAUAAUGAUUUAAAGGUGUACAAACACUGACUUGUACACUUCACUACAAGAAGAAAAUUAAUAGUUUGUGUAUAUUUUAAUAUUAUAAGGAUUUAAAGGUUUACAAACACUGACUUUUACAUCUGACUACCAAAAAAAAUGGUUUACGUAUUAUUUAAAAUAAUAAUGAUUUACAGGUGUACAAACACAGACUCUUGCAUUUUAAAAUUGUAUAAGCAUAAAACCAGUCACCAGGGCACGUGCUUAUAAAACUCAAAUGUACCAUGACAUCACUUGCGUACGAUUUGUAUGGUACCGUCACGAAUUAAAGUCUUGGGUCAAGACUGUACAAGUUUUAUAAACAUGAGGCCUGGUCGAUUUUAUACAGAAAGGUAAAAUAUACGAUUUAUGUAAAUAGGAAGAAUCUGAAAUGUUUGUUAUACAUAGGUGGCUGUUAUACAAGAUUAUACUAUAAAUAAUCGGGUUAAUUUGAUUAAGACACGAAAACAAAAUUGUUUUCCAUAAAUAUUUAUUGAAUAAAAAUCAAAACAAUAAUAUUGUUUUCGUGUCCCAGUCAAAUAAGAAUCCUAUAGUGGAACAAAAAUCACGGUAAAAUGCUAUUCAUAUGCGUUUUAGCACAGACGUCGUCGACAACCGGUCUACUAGUACAUUAACAUGCUAAACGGUUAUUGGGAAUGUGGUGCCUGCACUAGUCGUGGAGCAACGGACAGAAAACUUAAUUAUAUCAUAAACACCAAUAGAGUAACAGCAUCGGUGUUGUAGUGGUUACGCCAUCGUCCGUAAGGCUGAUAGGAACCGGGGUCGGUAGGGCCGUACCCUCCUCAGGGCAUGGGGGGUCGUUUUUCCUCCCCCCCCCCCCCCCCGGGAAUCUCAAUAAAAAAAUUUACUCCACAAAAAUAGCAUACACAUCUCAGGGUUUAAUUUGUUUAUAAAAAGUAGUGCCCCCACCCCACCCCCCUAGGAUUUUGAUCAGGGUACGGCCCUGGGUCGCACCUUGGUAUCGACUCUUACCCACUAACAAUUCAGUAAUCUUAGAGGAAACUCAUUACAUUUUCCCGUUAGCGUCAAGGGAUCCUUUAUAUGAACAUUCCCGCAGACAUUACAGUACAUACAUACCACAGCCAUUGAUAUACCAGUCGUGGUGCACUGGUUCGGACGGGGGGCGGGGGAUCAAUAUCCGUGGUUCGAUCCUACGUCGCAAGCACCUCAGGCGAAAUCUCUCCCGACUGAGCUAGAUCCCGCUUCUUUUGGAGACGUGUAAUACAACUAUGCCGACUGAUCUCUCACUAACCACUAACCAUUAACCGUGAAGUAUAUGUCCAGGUCAUCGUGCUUGAACCUUAUCGAUUACAUGUACGAAAAUCAAGAUAAAAUCAAAUCAAAUCAACAAUUAGAAAUUUGUUUUGGGUGAAUAUGCCCACACAUUAGGUGUUCGACGGUCAGCCCCCUGCCUCCCAGGGUCGAUCAAAGGCAUUUCAGCCCCGCCCCCCUUAACCAACAUGCAUUUGUUUUCGCUAUGCUAGUCUCUCUCUCUACGUAUAUUGACUGUUCCAAGCAAUUCAUAUCGUUGGCCGAUCUGUCCGGGGUUUUCUUACAAAACAGUGUUUGCCGUACGUUGUGUUUUAUCAAGAGUCACGGACUGCUUAAUACAAUAAUCCCCCGGGCGCAUUGUUUGUCCCCAAUGCCCGCAAGAUUGCUCUAAUGCGUCCAUAGUUACCGGUUGCUACUGUAGACCGUUACACACCGCCAACCCCCUUCGGCAGGUAUUCAAUUCAAGAUUUGAGCACUGCAAUCGUCAAACACUGCAGGUAAGUUCAUGAACUUUUUUUCCCUCUCAUUUUCUCCAUGCUAACCGUAAUCUUAGUCUUCACAAGUGAACUGUAUGGUUAAAGGGCUCUCCGGGUGUUAAUAAGGAUGGCAAUUUUAUGGUACUUCUCUUAAGCGGGCUCGCUGGAAUUGUACGUGUCAAGGUGCGACAAAUUGAUAAACUGUUAGAUGUUUGGUAUAUAUAAUCAGUUAACUCUUUCAUAGUGCGUUGAGUGUCUGUUAUGGAAAUAUAGAUAAUGGAAAGGAUUUUUAUGUUCCGCUAAUCCUGAAAUCUAUUUUAUUGGCUAUAUAUCGGUACAUGUAUAUGCAGUGAGAGCAGAUAAAAAGUAUUUUGUUUUUAAAAAAUAUAUGUCAUUGUUUUGAUAAUUACAAUGCAAAUGUUAAGUUCUUAAUUAUCUUUGAUAGUCUGUGCCCUGCUAUAGAAAAUAAAUCAAGAAAAAUCUA